AUGGUGUUCGGCGUUUACGGCGACCCACGUUCCCAAAUCGCAAUGGAGGGCGACAUCAACUCGGACGUGGUCACGAUCCGGGUGGGUGAGCCUGAAGACGAACUCACAGAGCUGACUGUCAGCUGCACCGACAAAGUGGGCCUUGGGUGCGACCUCGCCAGCGUCGUCCUCGAGUUUGGGCUCAACGUUGUGAAAGGAGACUUUUUGACGGAUGGACGAUGGUGCCAUGUGGUCUUCUGGGUGGAGACAACUCGCUGCACGCAUGCCGUAUCCUGGCCGCUGCUCAAGGAGCGCAUGACGGCCGUGUGCCCGUCCCUCGAGAUAUCGCUCACGCCGCGGAUACCCACCCCGGCCAAGCAGGACGUCUUCCUGCUGCAAGUGCGGUCGGCAGACCGAAUGGGUCUUCUAAACGACGUAACCCAGCUGCUGUGGGAAAACGAGCUGACGGUACACAAGGUCAACAUCUGCACCAGCCCCGACAACUCCGCCGUCGAUCUCUUCUACAUCACAGACAACAGAAACGAGCUCCCCAAGAAGCGGCGCCGGCUCGACGUCCUCCAGUGCAUACGCGACCCGCUAGGCGAUGACGUCACCUGUGACAUCACCCUCGCGGCGCCCGAGUUCGCCGCGAGCAUUGGGUCGGCCCACGUGGCCCCCGAGGGGUGCCUCCCGGGGGCGCUGGCGCCGCAUCUGGCGGAGGGGCCGAUGACGUCAUCGUUCGAGGAGGACGAGGGAAUUGAGGCGACGGAAGUGUCGAUCGAUAACGGGAUGAGUCGGCUACACAGCGCGCUGCAGGUGUCAACACGGGACCGCAAGGGCUUGCUGUACGACUGUUUGCGGACGCUCAAGGACGUCAACAUCCAGGUGGCGUACGGCCGCAUCGCGCUGCGCGAGGCGGGGCUGCUCGACAUCGACUUCUUCAUCCGGCACCCCAGCGGGCACAAGGUCACCGACCCCAAGGCGCAGCGCGACCUGUGCGGACGGUUGCGGCAAGAACUAGAGCGGCCGAUCCGGCUGGUGGUCGCGCCGCGCGGCCCGGACACGGAGUUGCUUGUGGCGGCCCCGGUGGAGGUCAACGGGCGCUCGCGCCCGCGCAUGUUCUACGAUUGCACGCUCGGGCUGCGGCGGGCAAACGCAUGCGUGUUUCAGGCGGACAUCUCCCGCCACGCUGUAAAUAACAAGCACUGGGAGGUGCACCGGUUUCUGGUACAAGAUUCGACCGGGCAGCCAAUAACGUCUCCGCAACGGAGACAACAAAUCGCGAAAACCGUGCGAUCCCUCCUCAUCGGUUGAGCGGGCAAGGGUUCAAAGCCCUACUCAGGGUAGGUCAGCGUAGCAACAUUCAGGUAGCUAGCGGCGUGUUCAACGUAACAUUUGCAUUGGCUACUUGGCACCUUCGAAGCGCACAGUAAUGCGAGAAGGUCAGCGCAAUCAUCUGGCACGCGUGUUCUUAUCAUUAUCAGUCAAACUCAAGGAAACCUCAGGUACGAGAAUCGCGGAAGUGGACUCAGCCUCCAGGAUAAGAUGUACAUACAGGGAGAAGAUCUUAGGAAAGGUGUCUACAGUCAGCUUCUUCCAUACAAGUUGUGCCACUCGAAGAUCAUUAGUGCAAGCGCAAGUAUAUUCAGCAGCUUUGAUACGACUUUUGAACCAUUGAUUGGACGUGCUUAUACCAUUAACCGGUUCAUGCUUGCGCUCAGAUGAACCGAGCGCCUCAUAAGCUCUGCAGUCAGAAUGAGAAUACACAGGUAAAUAACGCAACGCUAUUUCAUGGGUCC